AUGGCGAGACCAAGGUUUAAAAAGUUCAGCAAAUUGGAGCUUACACUCAUUGUCCUGCUGCUUGUGUUGUUCAUCAUCGCUGUGGUUCUGAUUGUGCUCUUAGCCAAUUCUACACCGCAAAAUGACACUACAGUCCUAAGAACUAGCACGCCAGACUCUACCUCAAGAACCACUCCUUCCCACUGCCCAGUUCUAAGUGAACAGGAACGGAUAAAUUGCAUCCCUGACAAGUCACCUAACAAGACCAUAUGUGACCAGCGUGGCUGCUGCUGGGAUCCCCAGGGAGCGGGAAAUGCUAUUUGCUACUUUUCCAAGAAUCAUGGCUACCAAAUGGAGAGUGAUCCUGUGAUUACAAAUGCAGGACUCACGGCUCAGUUGAAAAACUUGCCCUCUGCACCCCUGUUUGGAAGUGAAAUUGAAAAUGUCUUGCUCACGGCGGAGUACCAGACACCGAAUCGCUUCCAUUUUAAGUUUACUGACCCAACCAAGGACAGGUAUGAAGUCCCUCAUGAACAUGUGCAACCCUUCAGUGGAAACGCUGCUUCUUCCUUGAACUACCGAGUUGAGGUCUUUAAACAACCAUUUAGCAUCAAAGUCACCAGAAAAAGCAACAACCGUGUGCUGCUUGACACAAGUAUUGGGCCUCUCCUCUUCUCUGACCAGUUCCUGCAACUCUCAACCUACCUUCCAAGUGCUAAUGUGUACGGUCUGGGAGAGCACGUGCACCAACGGUACAGGCAUGACAUGAACUGGAAGACCUGGCCCUUGUUUUCCAGGGACACAACCCCCAAUAAGGAUGGAAAUAACUUGUAUGGUGUGCAGACCUUCUUCCUGUGCCUUGAAGACAAUAGUGGAUUAUCCUUUGGGGUGUUUCUGAUGAACAGCAAUGCCAUGGAGGUUACCCUUCAGCCCACCCCAGCAAUCACAUACCGCACCAUUGGGGGAAUUCUGGACUUCUAUGUGUUCUUGGGGAACACACCCGAACAAGUUGUUCAAGAAUAUCUAGAGCUCAUUGGGCGGCCAGCUCUGCCUUCAUACUGGGCACUUGGGUUUCAGCUCAGCCGGUAUGACUAUGGAAGCCUAGACAAUAUGAAAGCAGUUGUGGACAGGAACCGUGCAGUACAACUCCCUUACGAUGUUCAGCAUGCUGAUAUUGAUUAUAUGGAUCAGAGGAAGGAUUUCACUUAUGACCCAGUGAAGUUUUCAGGCUUCCCGGAGUUUGCUGAGGACUUACACCUUAAUAGGCAGAAACUUAUUAUCAUUUUGGAUCCGGCCAUUUCUAACAACUCUUUCCCAGAUGAUCCCUAUGACCCAUAUGAUAAAGGUUCAGCAAUGAAUAUCUGGGUGAAUAGUUCUGAUGGCAUAAACCCACUCAUUGGAGAGGUCUGGCCUGGAAUAACUGUGUUUCCUGAUUACACCAAUCCCAACUGUGCUGUUUGGUGGGCAGAGGAAAUUAAUAGUUUCCACAAUAAAGUGAAAUUUGAUGGAAUUUGGAUUGAUAUGAACGAAGUCUCCAACUUUGUUGAUGGCUCAGUUUCAGGAUGUUCCACAAAUGACCUCAAUUAUCCUCCUUUCACACCAAAGAUCCUGGAUGGGCACUUGUUCUCUAAGACUCUCUGCAUGGAUGCUGUUCAGUACUGGGGCAGGCAGUAUGACGUCCACAGUCUGUAUGGCUACUCCAUGGCCAUUGCCACAUCAGAAGCCGUGAAGGCUACAUUUCCAGAGAAGAGAAGCUUCAUCAUCACACGGUCCACCUUUGCGGGAUCUGGCAAGUUUGCAGCCCACUGGUUAGGAGACAACUCGGCCACCUGGGAGGACCUUCAGUGGUCUGUUCCAGGCAUGCUUGAGUUCAACCUUUUCGGCAUCCCAAUGGUAGGGGCUGACAUAUGUGGCUUUGCCUUGAACACGACUGAGGAGCUCUGCAGGCGGUGGAUGCAGCUGGGGGCAUUUUAUCCAUUUUCCCGGAAUCACAAUGGCCAGGGCUACAAGGACCAGGAUCCGGCCUCUUUUGGAGCAGAUUCCUUGCUCUUGAAUUCGUCUAGGCACUACCUUAACAUCCGAUACACUCUGCUGCCUUACCUCUACACUCUUUUAUACCACGCCCACAGCCGGGGAGACACCGUGGCUAGGCCCCUUCUGCAUGAGUUCUAUAAGGACAACAAUACUUGGGACAUAGACCGGCAGUUUCUGUGGGGACCAGGCCUCCUCAUCACUCCUGUUCUGGAAGAGGCAAGUGAGAAAGUGAAGGCAUAUCUGCCUGAUGCCAUCUGGUAUGACUAUGAGACGGGGGCGCAAGUGACAUGGAGAAAGCAAAGCAUUGACAUGGAACUUCCUGGAGAUAAAAUUGGACUUCACCUUCGAGGAGGCUACAUCUUCCCCACACAACAGCCAGACACAACCACAGCAGACAGCCGGAAGAACCCUCUUGGUCUGAUCAUUGCGCUGGAUGAGAACAAAGAAGCCCGAGGAGAACUGUUCUGGGAUGAUGGAGAGACAAAGGAUACUGUGACCAAGAACACUUACAUUUUCAGUGAAUUUUCUGUCACCCAAAACCAUUUGAAUGUGACAAUUUCAAGUGCAAGCUACAAGGAUCCCAAUAACUUAGAAUUCCAGGAAAUUAAAAUCCUUGGGACACAGGCAAUUUACAAUGUUAAAGUGAAACAGAAUGGUGUCCUUAGUUCAAUGUCUCCUCAAAUCACUUACAAUUCAAACCUGAAGGUUGCCACCAUCACAGAUCUCCAUCUCGUGCUGGGAGAACCAUACACUGUCGAGUGGAGUAACAUGACAGACGAGGAGAAGAUAGACUGCUAUCCAGAUGAGCAUGGAGCUUCUGAGGCCAACUGCACUGCCCGGGGCUGCAUCUGGGAGGAAUCGGACACUCCUGGGGUUCCUUAUUGCUUCUUUGCCAAUGGCCUGUACUCAGUCACCGAUGUCCAGUAUCAACCUGACGGGGCCACAGCCAAUGUCUCCUUGAAGGAUUCUCCUUAUAGCAACGCCUUCCCCUCUACACCCGUGAAGCAACUGCAAGUGCAAGUGAUCUACCACAAGAAUGAAAUGCUGCAGUUCAAGUACAAGAAGAAUUCCUAUGGUGUCCAUCCUUACUACAUGGGGCUAGAGGAGGAUGGCAAUGCCCACGGAGUCCUCCUGCUGAACAGCAAUGCCAUGGAUGUGACAUUCCAACCCCUGCCUGCACUAACAUACAGAACCACAGGGGGCAUUCUGGACUUCUAUGUGUUCUUGGGCCCAACUCCAGAGCUUGUCACUCAGCAAUACACAGAGUUGAUUGGUCGGCCAGUGAUGGUACCUUACUGGUCCCUGGGAUUCCAGCUGUGUCGCUAUGGAUAUGAGAAUGACACUGAGAUCGCCAGCUUGUAUGAUGAGAUGGUGGCUAAGCAGAUCCCCUAUGACGUGCAGUACUCAGACAUCGACUACAUGGAGAGGCAGCUGGACUUCACCCUCAGCCCCAAGUUCUCUGGGCUCCCAGACCUGAUCAGUCGCAUGAAGAAAGAUGGGAUGCGGGUCAUCCUCAUUCUGGACCCAGCUAUUUCUGGCAAUGAGACAGAGCCCUAUCCUGCCUUCACCCGAGGUCUACAGGAGGACGUCUUUAUCAGAUAUCCCAAUGGUGGAGACAUUGUCUGGGGAAAGGUCUGGCCUGAUUACCCUGGUAUUGUGGUGAACAGUUCUCUAGACUGGGACAGUCAAGUGGAGCAAUACCGAGCUUAUGUGGCCUUCCCAGACUUUUUCCGUAAUUCAACUGUCACGUGGUGGAAGAAGGAGAUUGAAGAACUCCACACAAACCAACAGAAUCCAACCAAGAGCUUGAAGUUUGAUGGCCUGUGGAUUGAUAUGAAUGAACCUUCCAGCUUUGUAAAUGGGGCAGUUCCUCCAGGCUGCAGCGAUGCUACCCUGAACCGUCCUCCCUACAUGCCACAUUUGGAAGCCAGGGACAGGGGCCUGAGCAGCAAGACUCUGUGCAUGGAGAGUGAGCAGAUCCUUCCAGAUGGCUCCCGGGUGCGGCACUAUGAUGUGCACAGCCUGUAUGGGUGGUCCCAGACCAGACCCACCUAUGAAGCUGUUCAGGAGGUGACAGGAGAGAGAGGGAUUGUCAUCACACGCUCCACAUUCCCCUCUUCUGGACACUGGGCAGGACACUGGCUGGGAGACAACACAGCUGCCUGGGACCAGCUGGGGAAGUCCAUCAUUGGCAUGAUGGAGUUCAGUCUCUUUGGCAUCUCCUAUACCGGGUCAGACAUCUGUGGGUUCUUUCAAGAUGCUGAGUAUGAGAUGUGUGUUCGCUGGAUGCAGCUGGGAGCCUUUUACCCCUUCUCCAGGAACCACAACACCAUUGGGACCAGGAGACAAGACCCUGUAUCCUGGGAUGAAGCCUUUGAGGAUAUUUCCAGAAGUGUGCUGGAGACCAGAUACACCCUGUUGCCAUAUCUCUACACCUUGAUGUACAAGGCCCACACGGAGGGCAGCACAGUUGUGCGGCCUCUUCUCCACGAGUUUCUGUCCGACCGGGAGACAUGGAAUAUAGACAAACAGUUCCUGCUGGGUUCAUCCUUCCUGGUCAGCCCCGUGCUGGAGCCCAAUGCCAGAAAUGUCACUGCCUAUUUCCCCAAAGCCCACUGGUAUGACUAUUACACGGGUGCAGAUAUUAAUUCAACAGGAGAGUGGAAGACAUUGCCAGCCCCUCUGGAGCACAUUAACCUUCACAUCCGGGGAGGUUCCAUCUUGCCAUGGCAGAAGCAUGCCCUGAACACUCACUUAAGCCGGAUGAACCCUCUUGGUCUUCUCAUUGCCCUGGAUGAGAACAAAGAAGCACGAGGAGAACUGUUCUGGGAUGAUGGGAAGUCAAAGGAUACUGUGACCAAGAACACUUACAUUUUCAGUGAAUUUUCUGUCACCCAAAACCAUUUGAAUGUGACAAUUUCAAGUGCAAGCUACAAGGAUCCCAAUAACUUAGAAUUCCAGGAAGUUAAAAUCUUUGGGACAGAGGAAAUUUUCAAUGUUAGAGUGAAACAGAAUGGUGUCCUUAGUCAAAUGUCUCCUCAAGUCACUUACAACUCAACUCUGAAGGUUGCCACCAUCACAGAUCUCCAUCUCGUGCUGGGAGAACCAUACGCCAUCCACUGGAGCACCAAGAGGGACCAGGAGAAGAUAGACUGCUAUCCAGACGAGCAUGGAGCUUCUGAGGCCAACUGCACUGCCCGUGGCUGCAUCUGGGAGGAAUCGGACACUCCUGGGGUUCCUUAUUGCUUCUUUGCCAGUGACCUGUACUCAGUCAGCAAUGUUCAGUAUCACCAGAACGAGGCCACAGCUGACAUUUCCUUGAAGGAUUCUCCUUAUAGCAACGCCUUCCCCUCUACACCCGUGAAGCAACUGCAAGUGCAAGUGAUCUACCACAAGAAUGAAAUGCUGCAGUUCAAGAUCUACGAUCCCAACGACAGUCGGUAUGAAGUCCCAGUGCCUCUGAAUAUCCCCAUUUCUCCAUCCAGCACAACUGACGGCCGUCUCUACGAUGUCCUCAUCAAGGAGAAUCCAUUUGGGAUUGAAAUUCGCAGGAAGAGUACAGGCACUGUGAUCUGGGACUCUCAGCUCCUUGGCUUCACCUUCAAUGACAUGUUUAUCCGCAUCUCCACCCGCCUGCCCUCCACACACAUCUAUGGCUUUGGGGAAACUGAGCACACAAGCUUCAAGAUAGACCUGAACUGGCACACGUGGGGCAUGUUUUCCAGGGACGAGCCCCCGGGGUACAAGAAGAAUUCCUAUGGUGUCCAUCCUUACUACAUGGGGCUAGAGGAGGAUGGCAAUGCCCACGGAGUCCUCCUGCUGAACAGCAAUGCCAUGGAUGUGACAUUCCAACCCCUGCCUGCACUAACAUACAGAACCACAGGGGGCAUUCUGGACUUCUAUGUGUUCUUGGGCCCAACUCCAGAGCUUGUCACUCAGCAAUACACAGAGUUGAUUGGUCGGCCAGUGAUGGUACCUUACUGGUCCCUGGGAUUCCAGCUGUGUCGCUAUGGAUAUGAGAAUGACACUGAGAUCGCCAGCUUGUAUGAUGAGAUGGUGGCUAAGCAGAUCCCCUAUGACGUGCAGUACUCAGACAUCGACUACAUGGAGAGGCAGCUGGACUUCACCCUCAGCCCCAAGUUCUCUGGGCUCCCAGACCUGAUCAAUCGCAUGAAGAGAGAUGGGAUGCGGGUCAUCCUCAUUCUGGACCCAGCUAUUUCUGGCAAUGAGACAGAGCCCUAUCCUGCCUUCACCCGAGGUCUACAGGAGGACGUCUUUAUCAGAUAUCCCAAUGGUGGAGACAUUGUCUGGGGAAAGGUGUGGCCUGAUUACCCUGGUAUUGUGGUGAACAGCUCUCUAGACUGGGACAGUCAAGUGGAGCUAUAUCGAGCUUAUGUGGCCUUCCCAGACUUUUUCCGUAAUUCAACUGUCACGUGGUGGAAGAAGGAGAUUGAAGAACUCCACACAAACCAACAGAAUCCAACCAAGAGCUUGAAGUUUGAUGGCCUGUGGAUUGAUAUGAAUGAACCUUCCAGCUUUGUGAAUGGGGCAGUUCCUCCAGGCUGCAGCGAUGCUACCCUGAACCGUCCUCCCUACAUGCCACAUUUGGAAGCCAGGGACAGGGGCCUGAGCAGCAAGACUCUGUGCAUGGAGAGUGAGCAGAUCCUUCCAGAUGGCUCCCGGGUGCGGCACUAUGAUGUGCACAGCCUGUAUGGGUGGUCCCAGACCAGACCCACCUAUGAAGCUGUUCAGGAGGUGACAGGAGAGAGAGGGAUUGUCAUCACACGCUCCACAUUCCCCUCUUCUGGACAAUGGGCAGGACACUGGCUGGGAGAUAACACAGCUGCCUGGGACCAGCUGGGGAAAUCCAUCAUUGGCAUGAUGGAGUUCAGUCUCUUUGGCAUCUCCUAUACCGGGUCAGACAUCUGUGGGUUCUUUCAAGAUGCUGAGUAUGAGAUGUGUGUUCGCUGGAUGCAGCUGGGAGCCUUUUACCCCUUCUCCAGGAACCACAACACCAUUGGGACCAGGAGACAAGACCCUGUAUCCUGGGAUGAAGCCUUUGAGGAUAUUUCCAGAAGUGUGCUGGAGACCAGAUACACCCUGUUGCCAUAUCUCUACACCUUGAUGUACAAGGCCCACACGGAGGGCAGCACAGUUGUGCGGCCUCUUCUCCACGAAUUUGUGUCAGACAAAGAGACCUGGAAUAUAGACAAACAGUUCCUCCUCGGUCCAGCCUUCCUGAUCAGCCCUGUUCUGGAGCCCAAUGCUCGAAACGUCAGCGCGUACUUCCCCACAGCCCUCUGGUAUGACUACUACACGGGUGUAGCUAUCAAUUCAACAGGAGAGUGGAAGACCUUAGCAGCCCCUCUUGAGCACAUCAAUCUUCAUGUCCGUGGGGGCUACAUCCUGCCGUGGCAACGACCUGCCCUGAACACUCACUUAAGCCGGAUGAACCCUCUUGGUCUUCUCAUUGCCCUGGAUGAGAACAAAGAAGCACGAGGAGAACUGUUCUGGGAUGAUGGGAAGUCAAAGGAUCUCACAACCAAUAACAUUCUAUGUAAAUUUUCAGUCACUCAAAACCACUUGGACGUGAGUGCCGUAGGAUCAACCUUCUCGAACCCUGAUGAUUUAGCAUUUCAGGAGAUUAAAAUUUUUGGAACACAGGUGCUUCACAAUGUUACAGUGAAACACAAUGGUGUCACAAGUCAGAUGUCCCCUCAGGUCACUUAUGAUCCUAACAUGAAGGUUGCAGUUAUCACGGGCAUCCAACUUCUGCUCAAUGAAUCAUACACGGUGGAGUGGGAAGACAGCAUAAAGGAUGAGGAAAAGAUGGACUGUUAUCCCGAUCAAACUGGGGCUUCCGAGGCAAGCUGCGCUGCCCGAGGCUGUAUCUGGAAGGAAUCCAACACUCCUGGGGUCCCUUAUUGCUACUUUGUCAAUGACCUGUACUCAGUCAGCAAUGUUCAGCAUCUUGAGAAGGAGGCCACAGCCAACAUCUCCUUGAAGAAUUCUCCUUAUAGCAACGCCUUCCCGUCUACACCCGUGAAGCAACUGCAACUGAGCGUGGUCUACCACAAGAAUGAAAUGCUGCAGUUUAAGAUCUACGAUCCCAACCACAGUCGGUAUGAAGUCCCAGUGCCUCUGAAUAUCCCCAGUUCUCCGUCCAGCACAACUGACGGCCGUCUCUACGAUGUCCUCAUCAAGGAGAAUCCAUUUGGGAUUGAAAUUCGCAGGAAGAGUACAGGCACUGUGAUCUGGGACUCUCAGCUCCUUGGCUUCACCUUCAAUGACAUGUUUAUCCGCAUCUCCACCCGCCUGCCCUCCACACACAUCUAUGGCUUUGGGGAAACUGAGCACACAAGCUUCAAGAUAGACCUGAACUGGCACACGUGGGGCAUGUUUUCCAGGGACGAGCCCCCGGGGUACAAGAAGAAUUCCUAUGGUGUCCAUCCUUACUACAUGGGGCUAGAGGAGGAUGGCAAUGCCCACGGAGUCCUCCUGCUGAACAGCAAUGCCAUGGACGUGACGUUCCAGCCCACGCCUGCUCUCACAUACCGCACCACGGGGGGAGUUUUGGAUUUUUAUGUAUUUUUGGGGCCAACUCCCGAACUUGUCACUCAGCAGUACACAGAGUUGAUUGGUCGGCCAGUGAUGGUACCUUACUGGUCCCUGGGAUUCCAGCUGUGUCGCUAUGGAUAUGAGAAUGACACUGAGAUCGCCAGCUUGUAUGAUGAGAUGGUGGCUAAGCAGAUCCCCUAUGACGUGCAGUACUCAGACAUCGACUACAUGGAGAGGCAGCUGGACUUCACCCUCAGCCCCAAGUUCUCUGGGCUCCCAGACCUGAUCAAUCGCAUGAAGAGAGAUGGGAUGCGGGUCAUCCUCAUUCUGGACCCAGCUAUUUCUGGCAAUGAGACAGAGCCCUAUCCUGCCUUCACCCGAGGUCUACAGGAGGACGUCUUUAUCAGAUAUCCCAAUGGUGGAGACAUUGUCUGGGGAAAGGUCUGGCCUGAUUUCCCUGGUAUUGUGGUGAACAGUUCUCUAGACUGGGACAGUCAAGUGGAGCAAUACAGAGCUUAUGUGGCCUUCCCAGACUUUUUCCGUAAUUCAACUGUCACGUGGUGGAAGAAGGAGAUUGAAGAACUCCACACAAACCAACAGAAUCCAACCAAGAGCUUGAAGUUUGAUGGCCUGUGGAUUGAUAUGAAUGAACCCUCCAGCUUUGUGAAUGGGGCAGUUCCUCCAGGCUGCAGCGAUGCUACUCUGAACCGUCCUCCCUACAUGCCACAUUUGGAAGCCAGGGACAGGGGCCUGAGCAGCAAGACUCUGUGCAUGGAGAGUGAGCAGAUCCUUCCAGAUGGCUCCCGGGUGCGGCACUAUGAUGUGCACAGCCUGUAUGGGUGGUCCCAGACCAGACCCACCUACGUAGCUGUUCAGGAGGUGACAGGAGAGAGAGGGAUUGUCAUCACACGCUCCACAUUCCCCUCUUCUGGACGCUGGGCAGGACACUGGCUGGGAGACAACACAGCUGCCUGGAACCAGCUGGGGAAGUCCAUCAUUGGCAUGAUGGAGUUCAGUCUCUUUGGCAUCUCCUAUACCGGGUCAGACAUCUGUGGGUUCUUUCAAGAUGCUGAGUAUGAGAUGUGUGUUCGCUGGAUGCAGCUGGGAGCCUUUUACCCCUUCUCCAGGAACCACAACACCAUUGGGACCAGGAGACAAGACCCUGUAUCCUGGGAUGAAGCCUUUGAGGAUAUUUCCAGAAGUGUGCUGGAGACCAGAUACACCCUGUUGCCAUAUCUCUACACCUUGAUGUACAAGGCCCACACGGAGGGCAGCACAGUUGUGCGGCCUCUUCUCCAUGAGUUUGUGGCAGACCGGGAGACCUGGAAUAUAGACAGACAGUUCCUGCUGGGUCCAGCCUUCCUCAUCAGCCCUGUGCUGGAGCCAAAUGCCAGAACUGUAGAUGCAUAUUUUCCCAGAGCCCGCUGGUAUGACUACUACACAGGUGCAGAUAUUAAUGCAAGGGGACAAUGGAAGACCUUGCCAGCACCUCUUGAGCACAUUAACCUUCAUGUCCGUGGGGGCUACAUCCUGCCCUGGCAGGAGCCUGCCAUGAACACCCAUCUGAGCCGUCGGAAGCUGAUGGGCCUCAAAGUUGCCUUGGAUGAUGAGGGGAAUGCUGAGGGAUGGCUCUUCUGGGAUGACGGGCAAAGCAUUAAUAUCACAAGCAGAUACUACUUGGCCAGGUUUUCUGUCAGUGAGAACACAUUGUGGAGACAUGAAAUUUUUAACAAUUACAUCACUGGCACAUCUCCUGUGUACCUAGGCUACAUUGAAAUCUGGGGAUUGGGCACUGUUUCCCCUAAUAGUGUGAAGAUCUUUUGGAACAGCAAGAAUGAAAUAGUCCCUGCUGACUACAACACCCAAAGCCAGGUACUAAAAGUUAAUGUGACUACCAAAGGAAUUGGCCUGCAUCGUUUUGAGGCAAUGACAUGGAACUCUUCAUAAAUUUUUAGAUCAGGAUACUACAAACAGAUUUAAACUAUUUAUACUUCAUAAUUACAUAAUUGCUAUGUAUCACCAAUUGUUUCAUUCCCAGUAUGGCUAGAAUAUUUUGUGGAGUUUUUAAUGUAUGUACAUGGCUCCCAAAGAUAGUAUCUCUGGGUCACUUUAAUGUAUCUAUGUAAUUAGUAUGGUAUAUAUGAUUCAUUAUAUGAAAUUCAUUGAAGAUGUGAAGAUGAAAUAGAUCCAUGUUGAAGCAUAUGUUUGUGUGCAAGGGAUUCCAAUGUCCUAAAGAUAAAAUAGGAAUCUUGUUAUGGCAGCCCCUGUGUGCAGCUAAGCAAAACCUUAACACUUAGGCAGAAGGAACUUCUGCAAGUUGGUAUAGGGGACAGAGACAGAUAUGCUGGGAGUGUGGUGGAGGAGGAAGUAAAAGAACAUGGUAAAGGCUCUGGGAAGAUGUGAGGUGACGAGAGGCGAGAGCGUGAGCAAGAGUCAUGCUAACAGUAGCCUUGUGUGUGGGGGGGAAAGGAGAGUCAACUCAUUUGAAAGAGAAGAAGGGCUUGGGGACAUGUUUAAAGCACACCAAGGUGAUGCGAAGGGGAUUUAAGUAGGUAGAGCUGAAGGAAGAAGUCAGAUAUACAAAAUCAGAUGUGUCAUAGAAGUGAGCUUUGAAGGGUAUAAAUCUUAUUUUUUGACCAUAUCUCAUGUACAUAACAACAGUUCAUACAAGCAUACAUG